CUCCCCUGAAUCCAAAAUUAUAUCGCCACGCGCUUAUUGCUCGUGAUGGCGAUGAUGAUGAUGGGGCAAACGGGACUGUGCUCACGAACUCGUUUCUUUCUCAGCUCAUCUCCCUUUGGACAGAACGCGCGGUUCCAGCUCUCGACUUUUUUCUUCUUCAUCACUAUCACCACCACCCUACAGGAAUGAAAAGCAGGACAGCUUGACGCAUAUCGCCUUUUUUUUUUUACUCCCUUCGUUCCUCUCUCGUUCCUCGUAUUCAGCCCAACACUUUUAUUUUUUUAUUUUUUUAUUCUUUGGUUCAGGAACCUCCAGCGACAAUAAGCAUUCCUCUCACAAAAAAAGACGACACAGACUCAGACAAGACAUGACGCUUCCGCUUUCAAAGAUCCGCGAUCUGUCCUUCAAGACGUCGAUCUAUGGCAUUGAAGAACGCAUCAUCCUCGACAUUGGAUCCUGUUACAUCAAAUGCGGACUCUCGGGAGAGGCCCGGCCACGGCAUUUCAUUUCCAUGUUCCUGUCGGACGAAGCCUUGGAUGAUUAUCUGGGCCUGCGACCGAAACACCAGCAGCAUUUCGGACACGAGUGCAGUGAAGUCUGUAACGAAAAGUCUAACGCUGCCUGUCAUCCCUUGGAGUACGCAGAAUUAUACGAACUGGAUAUGAUGCGGAAGAAUCACCGUGGACAAACAGAGGAGCAGCGAUUUAGGAUUCUGGAAGAGCGUCUCUCAGAAUACUUAUACGAUGUCUACUUCAAGCACUUGCUGACGGAUCCCAAGCAGAGGAAGGUCAUUAUCUGCGAAUCGCCCCUAGCACCCAUCGCACUGAAACAAACCAUCGCUAAAGUGCUGUUCGAGAAGCUGCAGGCACCUUCCAUUUCGUUUACGAAUUCACAUCUGCUGGCACUAUUGACCACAGGCACCGCAACCGGUCUGGUGAUUGACUGUGGGCACCUGGAGACCUCCGUCCUCCCUAUUUACUCAUCCAGGCCAAUGACCCCGUUCAUCCGCACGACCCCACGAGCCGGGAAAUUCCUCUCCCAGCACCUCAAACAACUUCUCCGUGAAAAAUGCCCGAUCUCACUCGCUGAUAACCCAACGGACCUACGCAUCAUCCCCGAGUCCAUGCUCACGAGCGCGUUUCUCGAGACCAUCAAGACACGUCUCCUCUUUGCGUCCCCACUCAUCGUCAACGCGCGUGACAAUGUCGCGGACGAGGAGAUGAACAACAACUAUCGUGAUCUCUCGACCUCGACAGAGGUCCAUGUCGAGGUCUGGCUCGAGGAGGAGCAGGCGAGGGGCAUCAUGGCCAUCCCAGGAUGGAUCCGUGAGAGGGCCAGUGAAUGUCUGUUCACGGGGGACGAGGACGCCCAGAGUCUGACGGACGUGAUUUUGGAGGCCGUGGCGAAGGCGCCUUCGGAUUUGAGACGGCCGUUGGUCAGUUCAAUGCUCUUGAUCGGAGGGACUGCUCAGCUGCCGAAUUUGCAGAGUCGACUGUUGCAGGAGAUCAAACGGUCCUUGCAGGUGAACCCACGAUGGGCAAAACUGGCCCGUUUGGCGGACUCGGUCAGGUUCUUGGACGAUUUGACAGAGGAGGAUAAGGCGUCGUUGUCGACGGCGGUCGGAUUUGUGGGUGGGGCCACUGCAAGUCGGAGCAGCGGUACCAUGAUGGACCAGGACCUGCCCACGGCCGCUACGGCUGGAGGUCGUGAGAAAGACAGGAAAAGCUCAAAGGACAAGAAGAUCUACCAGAGCAGCGGCAAGGUUUUUAUGCCCAAUUGUCGCGCCUGGAUUGGAGGCUCGUUGAUUGGGUCACUCAAGGCUUCAGGGCCAGAGAUCUUGAGAGAGAACUUUAAUGGCUCCGUCCCAGACUGGUCCACCGCCAGUCUCACGACAGCUCCAGCACAAGGGCAACAAGAAGCCGCUGCGACUCCACCCAUCGUUGCCUCGGCCCUUGCUAUCUCAUACUAGUCAAGUCAUUAGCUGAAAAAAUAUGACCUUUUUUUUUUU